AAAGCGACAUUCAGUCUCAGAGAGCGGACGGCAACCGCCACAACUUUGAUUAGGCCCCCAAAAAGAACAAAAAAAAACAUACUAAAACACACACGGAAAAUAAGAGAAAGAGCAAAAGCAGAAAUUAACAACAAAACAGUAAAGGGCAAUAUAACAAGGAAUGAAGUAAAUGGUACAACAACAGCAAGUACAGCGAGAAGAGGAAGCAAGCAAUGUCAACUAACUGCAACAACAACAACAACAACAGCGACAGAGACAACAACAACAAUUGUUGUUGUUUUUAAGCUCAACUGCAGCCCACGCAAUAAGCAAUUAGCGCCCGCAGGAGCAGCGACUGAGCAUCGGCAGAGGGGCGGCGACAGCGCAGCAAACAGCUGUGUGAGUCAGUGUGUUAGUGUCUGUGUCCGUGUCCGUGUGUUACUGUUUUCGUGUACGUGUGUGUGUGUAUGUGAGCGGCACAACAACAACAAUUGCUAAUUCACCGUUAGUGCUAAUUCAAUAAUAAAUAUACAACAACUAUUUACGCUGCUGCUAGAGUCUAUUACUUUUAUUUCGAGCAGCGAUUACAUAAAAUAAAAGAAAACGAAGGAAAGAACGAACGAACGAACAAUAACAACAACAACAACUCAAAUUAGUCAUUCAUAAUUUAUUGAUUGUGCGAGCAUGUGUUUGUGUGUGUGCUAGCGCCCCUUGUCUAUGUGCGUGUGUGUGUGCGCGCGCGUGUGUGAGUGAGUGUUUGUUUGAACGCGCUGUUAAACAAACGUCGCCUAGCCGUCCUUUUGGGAGCCUGGCUGGGCAUAAAAAAUCAAUAGACAUCAGCAGUAGCAGCAGCAGCAGCAGUAACAAGACAACGACAACAACAUCAACAACAGCUAUAAGAACAACGACAACCACAAAACGCAGCAGUAGCAGCAAUAACAACAACAACAACAACAAAGGAUAUAAUAGGCGACAGACACAAACACAAAUACAAACAGACACAGCUCAAAGAGCAAUUGGCAAAGCAGCCACAGCCACAGCCACAGCCAACGCCAACGCGAGCGACAAGGACAGCGCGCGAGCAAAGAGAAAGAGCAGUUGACCGAGCAGCAUAACGAUAACAAUAACAACAACAACAACUAAGAUGCUCUCACUGCCGCCGUCAACAUCGCUGCUUUUGCUGCUGCUUAUCAUCGGCUGCCUGACGCUGCCGCUGCCAACAUUCGCUGAGAAUGCGACGUUGUCUGGCGACGCUGCCGUCGCUGCCGACGCCGGUGUUAACGCAACGUCCAGCACAGCAGCGCCGUCGCCGUUGACUAAUAAUGACUAUGAGAACCGAACCGCAAUCAGUAGCAGCAACAACAACAACAACAACAAUAGCAACAACAACGAUGCUAGCGACGAGCAGAGCUUCAGCAGCGGCAGCGGCAGCAAUUCGAGCUUAGCGGAGACAACAACCACAACAACCGUGACCACAACCAACACAGCAGCAGCAGCAGCCAACUUAACAGUGGAGCAGCAACAAGAAAUCGCCAGCGUUGCAGCGCAGUCGCCAGCUGGCAGCAGCAGCGGCAGCGGCAGCAAUCUAAGUAACCUCACAGUUGCCGCUGCCGGUGCUGCUGCUGAGCAGGAUGCCUUUGGCUCGGCCACGCCCAACAAGGGCGAACAGGAGGCCAUAUUGCGUGCCCUCGAUUGGCUAAAAGAGAAACGUGCCUCGGACUACGGUUGGGCCAACGACACCCAUGUCGUCAUACUGGCCAAGGAGCUGUCGGGCGGUCGCGAUCCCAACGAUAGUGCCGAUGCACAUUUGCAGGUGAUCCAGGAUCUGGAGGAUACGCUGUCCGUCAAGGAGAUGGAGAUCGAGAUACUGGCGAUGCUCGAUCGCCAUCAUACGCUGCCCAAGCCGCUCAAUCUCGAUAAGCUGGCACGCUAUGUGCUUGCCUUGGGUUCGCUGUGCAAAGAUCCGAAGCAUUUCCAUGGCCACGAUUUGGUUGCCACUCUGCAGCAUCAUGAACCCGCCCAGGACAUUGAGUUCGCCCUUACCACACUCUCCGCCUGCAGCUCGGCGGCGCAUGUCCGCAAGCGUCAGAUACGCCGACUUCUCGACAUUGCCAGCGGUGUGACGGAUCAGAGUGUCGAUGCCAUUGCCAUGGUAAUCUUGGCGUUGCGUUGCAUUGUCACCGAUCAUCGGCAUCGCCAUCUGCAGCAUUUCGUGCGUCGCCCGGCGCGGGGUUUGGCCAGUCUGCAGGAUCAACGCGGCAGCUUUGGCUCGUUGCGCAGCACUGCGCUGGCCAUGCAAGCUCUCCAGGAUCUGGAGUAUGAUCCCGCAGGGCAUUGGAAUCGCACGGCCGCCUCGCGUUACAUUUUGAGUCGACAACGUGCCGAUGGCGGUUGGAGCGAGGAGCCGCUACAGGAUGGCCAGGAACCCGAUAUUGGUGUCGGUCUCACGGCGGACAUUAUCCUCGCCCUCGGCUGGAAGGGAUUAGGCGCUGUGCGUGCCCUGCAAUGUGAUCAUGUCAUACGCGAGAGCAGCGAUCCCACAGUUGUUGUGCUUGCAGAGAAUGGUGAGCCGAAGCUGGCCUUGCCAUUUGGACUCAGCUCAUCGGCCGAGGAGUCGGAUGCCAAGAAUAUCACGUAUACGUACACUCUGUGGGUAGGCUCCAAUGUCACCGAGGCGUUCUCCCUGUCCCUUGUCUCGCCCAAGAACACCAGUUUCUUUAAGGCCAUGACACAGGCGGCUGAAAUGGAUCCAAGAUUCAUUUUCGAGGCCCGUGAAUGGCCCAAUGGCCACUAUGUGCACACGCUCUAUGGCAAAAAGGAAGAACCACGAGGAUAUCAUUACUGGCUGCUCUACAGAUUGCCCGAGUUACCUGAUCCGAACAAUACGCCUGGGAAUCAGCUUAUUGCGCCUGUUGGUGUCGAUGAGCUAAUGGUCGAGGAUGGAGAGCACUAUCUCUAUUGGUAUAAGAAACUUUAAGCACAUGGAAAUGGAUUUGCGCUGGCCUUAGUUGCACAACAAAAUACUAAAGUUAACCCAAGGCAAGGCCAUAUAGCAGCUAAUACGUCAAAUAGAAGCAGCAGCAAAAGCAACAACACUAAACAGCAACAAGAACAACAAACAACAAACAACAUAAAUAGCAUAUACUCUCAUCUAACUGAUUAAUAAUGGCGUAAUCAAAAAUUUACAUUAAUCCCAGAAAUCUUACACAAGUCCAUAAACACACAUAACAUAUUAUGUGCACAUGGCUAGAUCCCGCAUAGUUAUUAUAUAUAUAUAUUUAUAUAUAUAUCCAACAUCGACAUACACACGCAUUCUACUAUAUACAAUAAUAUACCCUAUCGGUAGCUUACAAUUGUGUUUAGGUUAUACACCAACAAAACAAAAAAAAAAAAAAAAAAAACAAAGCUAAGGCAAAAAAAAGCUUAUGAAAUACUUUAAACUAAACAAAGGAAAACGAAAAGUUACAACAGAUGCGAUUUUCUCAACUGGAUGUCAGAGUUAACAUAUAAAUCUAGCAUGUACAUGAGUAGAUUAUCCCAUUGAUUAUACAGGAAGAAGAAUUGUCCUAUAAAUCCUAGACUACAACGUGAACAUGAAAAACAAUUUACUUUAGUCAAAUUUUUGAUUUUACCAUCAAUCGCAUGGUUUAACUUUGACAUAACGUUGAGAAAAUCAAUCUGAUUGAGAGCAACUUGCAAACUAGAAACAUUUACACACACUCACACAGACACACACACACACACACUCUCACACACAAACAAAAGCAAAAAGCAACGAAUAAGUGAUCAGUGAAAAGCGCUCUCUUUCUCUCUAUCAUUCUCUCGCUCGAAAAGCUCUUCUACGAUUCACAUUAUUGUGUAACGGGCAAUAGUGUCAUACUAUCGAUACUACUAUCGAUAGUUGUGUAUAACUUCAUCGAUAGUACAAGGCGAGAAAUGAGGUUUGGUUCAUUUAUUACUCCGUCCGUUUUGAAGAUUGAGAGUCCCAAAAUAUACACACAAACAAACAAAAUAAUUGAGCUACGAUUGUUGCACGCUAAAAACACUAAUACACAUGUACACCCAAAUAUGCUUUACAUGUUAUCGAACGAAAUGAUGGAGAAGAACAAGAUGGAAUACGGAAAAGCAGUCCAAGCGAAGCAUGUUAUACCAAACACCGUACGUAACAAUAAGUGAUUGAAAAUCAUCCCUAGACAUACAUAAAUAAAUAAAUAUAUAUACACAUACUAUAUAUAUAUACAUAACAAAAUAUAUAUAUAUAUAUAUAUAAAUACCUGCAUAUACAUACAUACAUAAAGAUAUACUAAAAAAAAAGCAAACUAGUUUUAUAUGAAACAAAUGAAAGCAAAUACAAAAGCAAAAACCAAACGAAAGUCGCGUCGGAUUAUACUAUAUUAUGUAUACAAAAUACCAUAUAUACACAUACAUACAUACAUACAUAUAUAUGUACUAUAUGUAUCUAUGAUAUGAUUAAUCGAGUAAAACGCGUUGACGCAGCAGAGAAACGCACUCGUAAGCUAUAACCUACUCUCUCGUCUGUCGUAAUAAUCAUUUAAACGCAAUCAUCCUCAUGCCAAGUAUAAUACCUAAUCUUAUAUCCUAUACACAUACUAUACAUGCAUAUAUAGCCUACACUAUCAGCAUAGAUACAUACAUAUAUACAAAGUUAUUGCCAUUGCUCAUCCAACAUACUAAUCUCUACUGCUAUAUAUAAAAGUUAUUUUUGUUCUGGCUCAUUCAUGCACUCAUGCUGAGGUACAGACCAAACGGUAAAUGGCUAGAAGGCUGUAAUUUGUGCACAACAUAAUGGACCUUAUUUCAUCGUGUAAUAAUGCUGGGUUUUUAUAUUAAAUUUAAUUUCCUGCUCUAAGUGUAUUGAAUCACUAAUCGAAUAUUGAUUUGGCAAGCUUCUACUUGGAAGAAAAGAAGAGUUGUAGUUGCUAACUUUUGAAAGCAGUGAACCCACUGUAAAAAGUAAGCGGCAAGCAUGGGUUAAUGCUAAACAAAUGGUAAAAGUUCAAGAAAAUUCAAAAUCAAAACUAAAUUAACUACAUAUAUACAUAUAUUCUAUACCAUAACAAGAUAUUGUCGCAGCUGCGCUGUAUUUGUAUGUUUUUAUUUCAAGAAUUCAAUUUUUUUUGUCCCGAUCAUCUGUUUGGCAUUAACCCAUGCCACCUCUUUCUAUUCACAGUGGCCGCACUGCGGACAAAAGUUAGUAGCUACAACACUUUUUUAUUGUCUAAGCGAAGCUUGUCAUAUCAAUAUUAAAUUAAUGAUUCAAUAUAGUUCGAGUAGGAAUUUAAGAAAGAAAAAACCCAGCUUUAAUGCACAAUAAAAUUGCGUAGACUAUUUUGUGUAAAAAUAACUGACUUCUUAAAUUUACCGUUUGACCUGCGCUUUAAUACUUGAUUCACUGCGUUAUACUUCAACUUUUGGAGUUGUUUACAACUUUUCGAUUACUUAAAAAAAAAGUGCAACCUUUUCUUUCUAAUCGAUUAAGUUCACACAAAAUCCAUUGGAAUUUUUCCAAAUCUAUUUCAUGGCAGCAAGCAGUCAUCUCUCUCGCUCUCACUCACACUCACCUUCUCAACCACUAUCAUGGCUAUUUUCAACCUAACCUAAUCCAAAACUAACCUAGAAGACAACCAAAAACAAAAAGAAGAAAUGAAAAACAAACUACAACUUAAUGGUUUAUAUUAUAAGCAUAAACUUGAGCUUUUUAAUUGUGCAGAUUCAACAAAAAAUAAAUAAAAAAGAAAAUCACAAUAAAUUAGAGAAAACUAUGAAGCAAAUAAAGAAGCGCAUACAUGAGAAAGACAAACCAAAACGAAAAAAAAAAAAAAAAAAAACAAGCGUAGCGUGUUCUCAAUUUCACAUUAGCGCAAAAAAGUAUGCUAGAAUUUUAGUGUGAAAUGUGAAAUUCAGUAUACGCACCGUGUUGGCUGUGUUGGCAUCGACAAAGCAAAAAAUUUCAACUAUAUUGUAUUUAUGUAUGCAAUGCGAACAUGUGCCCCUUUUACGUCAUUCUCCGUUCUGUUCACCGGAUUAACCUAACCUAAAACAAAACAAAAACAAAAA